AUGAAGCUCCCAGGCUUCUUAUUGCUCGCUCAGCUCAUCCACCUGUCAUCUGCACAGUUAUUCAAGCGCCAAAAUUACGCUGCCGGAUCAGCAGCCAAGGAAGUCACCAUGUUCAACAAGAGAACGGACGCGGUCUGUGUUGACACUCAGGUUGUUUUGACGACUUGGGGUCAGCCCAGGCUUUCGCUGACCUUGAUCGGAAUGGACCUUCGUGACGAACAGGCCUUUGAAAACUGGUCAAAGUUUGGUCUAAACAUCUGGCUGGGACCUAUUACGAAUGAGCAGCUCCUCGUCGCAAUGGAGACGUAUCCUUGGAUGCCGGUCCAGCUGUGGUUUGUGUUUGAAGGCUUGAUGCUUCGCGCCGAUUUGGGCACGACUAGAGAGCAACAGCUCCAGGGCGAUGGUGUUGCAAAGUUGUGGAGGGAAUGCAAGCUUCUGAAGGAGGGAAAAUUGGAAUGCGUAUGCGACACGGCUAACACUGGGUACAGUGCCCUGGGAAGUAGUUGA